AUAACGAUUUAUGGAAUAUUUCGCUCUUCGUCACCAAUUAGUAUCGCGUUGUUUGAGUGUCAGGAAAUAAAGAAAAGAUAAUUUACACAGAUCGAAUGGCUUCGAAAUUAUUGACUCGAUUUUACAUAUUUCUAACUAUAAUUUUAACGUAUUCUAAUGCUCUCAGAUGUUACACAUGCACCUAUACGGACACCAGUUCAGAUAGAUCAUGCAUAACUAAUCCUGAUGCAGUCAUUGGGCAGAAGUUUACGAGUUGUUCCAAGAAAUAUUGUGUGAUAUUUCGACAAGAAUUGCAGAAGCCUGCAGGGGUUGUAAAUACGUUUUUGCGAGGAUGUGAGGAUAAGCCGCUUUAUCUCAACAAUGUAGUGGAGGACCCGACAUUUAAGAGUUAUUACCGGUCAUGCACAACGGAUCUUUGUAAUAACGGCGACGGCAUUAGAUCUACUGGAUCAAGUUUAGAUCCUGAUUCAGGAGCAGGAAGUAAUAUGAUUAUUCCGGGACGCAGUAUGGCGGGUGAAACGUGUAGCAAAGCAGCUUUCCUCUUGAUGGUUUCGACUUUAACUGUUUUAUUAAUGUCAGAUACAUUAUGGGAUUAAUGCUAUAACAUGCGUAAAUAAUAAAUUGCAGGAAAUAUGUAAUUA